CACACACACACACACAUAGAGACAUAUCAUUUAAUCACGACGAAUCUUAACGAGAAAAACGAAAAUGAUACAUGAGAAAGGAAAAUGUAAAUUUUUUAAAGGAAAAUUAUCUAUCUUUCAGGUAAGAAUACACAAAUCAAAAAAGAUAUCCUUGAGAAUAUCUAAUUAAGAAUUGUUUUUUUAUAUAUCAAUAUAUAUAUAUAAUUUAAAUUUCAUUAGAUCGAUGAAUAUCAAUCAAAUGAUCGUCGCAUCAGUGAAACUCAUACUGGUCCAUCACGUGUUAGUACUAUUAAAUCGACUCUUGAAUCUUCAACAAGCAAACAAACAGAACCAUUACCAACUUCUCAUACGAAAGUUGAUAUAACUAUUAAAGAUAAACGAACCAUAUCAUCAAUUGAUUCUGAUUUAAGUGGUGCAUCACCACCUAUUCAUCAGAGUACACCCAAAUCAACAAAACAAUAUCGUGAUGAUGAUGGUCAUGAAAGUGAAGAUGAAUUAAGUGAUCCAACAAAUAAACAAGACCAACAUUACAAUGCACGACGACGUACAUCUGCAACACGUUUACGAGAUUUUUCACAAAGUACACCACAACCCGCUGAUACAACAUAUCUUAAUCAACGAACAAAAUCAUCAUUUACUGAAACAAAUAUGGAAAAUAUUCUUUCACAUGUACCAACAAGCAAAGGUAAAGGUCUUUUAAUUGAACUUUCACCACAUAUAUCUCAUGAAACACCAAUAACAAGUACAACAACAAAAGCAAAUCGUGAUACACAUAAAUCUGUAGCUGGUUCUGAUUCAGGUAUAUUUGAACAUUCAACAGCUACAAGUCAUCAUCAACCAACAGGUUCAUCAUCAUCAUGGCGUUAUAAUGCUUCAUCAUCAGUCCUAGAGGAUGCUAAUCGCACACAAACAGUUCGUGAUAGUGGUGUUUAUGUUGAUUCCAUUGGAAGUCAACGUAAUGGUCGACGACAAGCUUCUGAUACAGAUCAAACAACAAUUCAUGGUGGUGAUGAUUCAGUUUCACGAUCAACAUUUAAAUAUGAUACAGAAAUUAUUUCUAAUGAUCAAUUAUAUCAACAACAACAGCAACAACGUAAUAUUCGACGUCAAACUACACGUUCUCCAGCAUCUGAAUAUGAAAAUAUUGCAAAUUAUCAUAGUGGAAUAAGUUCUCAACGAAAAGUUCCAGUCACAACAGAAUCACGAACAAUAAGACCAAAACCAUUAGUUGUUGAUGAAAUUGAAACAAUUGAAACUGAAACACGUGUUGAAUGUCAAGUACAACGUACACAUGAAAUUAAAGAAUCAACAACUAAAACUGAACGAACAGGUAGUCCACAUGCACCAAAAAAGAUUAUUACUACAACAACAACUACAACAACAACAACUGCUGCACCAACAAUACGUUCACCUGAAAGUUCAUCAGAUGAAGUUAAUCGUCUAAUAACACCAUCAAAACGAGUUUUAUUAAAUGAACGUCCACAAUAUUAUGAUUCAACAAAAUCUAAUGAUUCACCAAUUGCAAUUCGUUCUCGACCUGAUUCCGCUUAUACACCAACAAAUGAAAUUCGUCAACAAACACAAACAUAUCGUGAAAGUGGUAUUCAUCAACAUCGUUAUGAUUCUCCACAAUCUGAUGUUAUAUCAUAUCCAAUACCACCAUCAACAUUUAUACAAGAAGAAGAACCAGCACGUGUCGAAGAAACAUGGUUUAAACCAAUUCAACGUGAUCGUUCACAAGAUAGUUUACGUCAUAGUCCAUCAUCACGUUCCAAUAUUCGUACAUUAAGUGCAGGUCCACGUUCCGUCGAAGUCACAUCAUUAAGUCCACAAAGUCAAGUUACAUUUGGUAAAUAUUCACAAAAUCAAAUUAUUGCAAUUGUUCGUGUACCUGAAUUAUCAAAUGGAAAUAAUAUAAGACCAAGUCCAUCAAUAACUUCAUCAAUAAGACAUGGUACAAGUGAACCUGAACUUUAUAUACGAGCAAAACAAGAAGAAGAGGAACAAAAGCAACAACGUUCAAAACUACAUUAUCAACGUGUUCAAGCAUCAAGUUAUCGUCCACCACCAAUAACACAAGAUUAUCAACAAAGACAAAGUCGUCCACGAGCUGGUCCGUAUGAAACUACGAAUGAAUAUUCGUCUCCAUUAGGUGUACAUACACGUUCAUCAUCAUACCAUUCUGCUUUACACGAACAAGAACAGCAACAGGAACAAAAUGAAUAUCCCUAUUCUCCUAAUUCAGGAUCAGCAUAUCGUCGUCAAGUACAACAUCGUACAGGAAGUCUUGGUAAUCUAUUCGGUUCAAAUAUAGAAUUUGAAAUUGAAAUUGAAAAACGUCCACCACAACAUCCAGAACAACCAACUGUUGUUGCACUUGAUCAAUCAACACGUGCAAUUGUAACAACAUCUAAAGAUGGUCGUGUUUCAAUACAAAAUAUUGCUGCACGUCCAGGAAAUACUGUUGUGAUUAAUAGUGAUUUUCAUUCAUCAGAUCGUUCAUUAAAUCGUUCAUCAGGUUAUUUUAGUUCGGAUGAAUUACGUUCUCAAGGUCUCAAUACAAACUAUUCAAGUGAUGAACAAUCAAGUGGUGCUGCUGUCAAUUUAAAUCAAAAUUCUCAAUCAUCAAAUACACCAUCAUCAUCACACGCACGUCGUUAUAAAAAUAAUGAAAGUAUAUCAAAACUUCCAUCACAUUAUCGUCCAAAACAACAUAAUAUAAAUCAUCAACAACAACAACAAAUCAAUAAUGAUCAAUUUGAUCAAGUUAAUCGAAUUGUUAAUCGAUAUUCUCGACAAUCAAAUAAUACAACUGGGUUCAAUGAAACUAUUGAUCAAAUUGAUGCACUUUAUAAUAAUCUUGAUAUACAAACAAAUGGAGAUUAUUUAAAUGAUCGUUCAGGUAAUAAUAUUCCAACAACAACAACCACAUAUGAUUUUUCUAAACCAACAUCAACAACAAAUCGACGUAAACAUCUAUCACAAAAUGCAAAUGAAUAUUCUAAACGUUAUUCAUCAACUGGUUUUCAACAUGUACCAUCUCAAUAUGAACAAGAAAUGACAACAACACCAACAACAGUAAAUUCAUCAUUACGUCAUCUUGUAUCACCACCAAUAAUAUCAAACAAUGAUAUACGACGCAAUAAUACACAACGAACAUUAAGUGAUAAUGAAAAUUUAAAUAAUAUCAAUGAACAUAAUCGUCGAUGGGGUUCAACAUCAUUGAAUGAUCUUGUUAUGGCAACACCAAUUCGUCCAUCACAAUCAUUAUCAUCAUCUGGUAUAUUAGCUGAUUAUACAACACCUGGUUCUAUAAGUCCAAAUUCAGGUUUUGGUUCAACACAAAAUGUUAUUCUACAACAAAAUCGUUUAAAUGGACAAUCACAAAUUGUUCAACGUAAUCGAACAUCAGUCAAACAAGUUAAACAAAAAAGUGCUGCUAAGAAAAAAACUGGAAAUAAUCAGGGGCAAUAUAGUGAUGAAGAAGAUGAUAAUGAUUCAGCUGGUGGUCAGGAUUCACCACUAUCGGAUAUAGGUCGUACUCAACUACCAACACGAUCUUCAAAUCGUCAUCAAUAG